AUGGGGGAGGUUGACGAAAUCCAGGGGCGUGACGCCUCAGUCUGUAGCAGGCACUCGCCUACGGGGAGAAUGGGAGAGAGAGAAAGAAGGGGAGGGAGGAGGAACUUAAAGGAAAAAAGUUAAAAUAAAAAUGGCUUCCUUGUCUUUGGAGUCCACAGAACAAACGGAAAACGGUGCAAAGGAGUCCACGGAAGAUGAAGCCAAAGUUAAAGAGGAGACGGACCCGGACGAAGUUUCGGAACAAUUGCUGCAAAGCUUCCAGAACUCGGCGCUCAGCUUUUCCACCGAUCAAGUCGCGUGUCUGUGCGAGGCGCUCCUGCAAGCGGGCAAUGUGGAUCGCCUGUGGAGAUUUCUCUCCACCAUCCCUCCUUCGGCCGAAAUGCUACGUGGCAACGAGACCCUGCUGAAGGCCCAGGCUUUGGUGGCUUUUCACAGGGACGAGUUCAAAGAGUUGUAUGCCAUACUGGACGGUCACGACUUUCACCCGAGUAACCAUGGGUUCCUUCAAGACCUCUACUUAAAAGCGCGCUACAAGGAGGCUGAGAGGUCCCGGGGUCGCAGUUUAGGCGCCGUGGACAAAUAUCGACUCCGAAAAAAGUUCCCUCUGCCAAAAACCAUUUGGGACGGAGAGGAGACGGUGUACUGCUUCAAGGAGAAGUCGCGGAACGCUCUGAAGGAUUGCUACAAGAUCAACAGGUAUCCCACUCCGGACGAGAAGAAGAAUUUAGCCAAAGCCACCGGACUUUCUUUGACUCAAGUGAGCAACUGGUUUAAGAAUCGCCGACAGAGAGACCGAACCCCGUCCGGUACCAACAGCAAAAGUGAAUCUGAUGGGAACCACAGCACAGAAGAUGAAGCAAGCAAAGGAGAUCUGGAAGACAUUACUGACAAAUCUGCUCAAGAGACAGGCAGCUCCACAGUACCUCUUUUAUCUUUCACCGGAGCUCCUGGCAAUACUGGUGGUCAGCUUAUUCUCAAUAGCACAGGGGGAUUCCUCACAAGUUCUCACCCACUGCUGCUCAAUGGGAGCCCUUUACUCUCAGGGGCAGGAACCGGGGUCAUCAUCAAUGGGUUGACACUAAGCGAUGGUCACACCGUCACUCUUAGUCCUGUUACAGCAAACGCACCAUUGCUACUUAACGGGGCACAAAUGAUAACCAAAGAUGAACGUAGGUUCAAUGACAUGGAUGUCCAAAGCAGCCUACCCAAUAUGGUGCUGAGUCCAUAUGCCAGUUUAACAAACACAAUACCUCUCUCUAUCAGUGAAGAGGCAAAAACAGCCAGCAGCAGUGUUUCACCACUGGAUUUCAUCUCUCUUCCGGAGGCCUUAAAGAAUCUAGACAAUACCCAGUCCGUGCCUACAAACUCUAUGUCCACGUCCACCAUCUCCACUUCGGUUAUCUCUUCAAUGUCUUUUCCUUCAGUGGUCUUGACCCAAAAUAGUGUUUCUACGUCAACAGCUGGCUGUGCAAAUUCAGUCAUUUCUAGUCCCUUGGUGCCACUACAUCCCACACAACCACCAGAGAUUGUUGUAUUUGCAAAGACUGAUGCCCUGGCCCCCUCCUGCAGCUCCAGCCCUCAGGUGCUGUCUUUACCCCAGGUUGUGCCAUCUAUACAAGGCAUUCCAGUGUCCCAACUAAUGCAACAUCAACCUGGGGCCACCCUGUCUUCAUGUCCACAACUUGUACCAGUCUCCCCUCUCAAUCCACAGCUACCCCAAUCUCCCAUUCCUCAAUUUCCAACACCGACCUUGCAGAUUGGUCCCAGACUUGCUCAAGCUCAGCCCCCAAACGGCUCCAACACACUAAGCACCAGUACAGCUUUAUCCCUCUCCCAACUGACUGAUAGCCAACUUGAACACGGACUUGCGGGUCAGCUAGGAGACGAGAUUACUUCAACCACAAUCUCACAGACCUCUAUGGGAACACAGGUGAUUCCCAUCUCCUCUCCAACUCAAGUUGUGCCUGUUUCCCACCCCAAAGACACAGGCCAGCCUCAGCUGGUCCCCCUUUCACUGCCUCAGUUUAUGCCUGUGACAUCCAUUGCAGGAACGCCCACUGGAACUUUCUCUUUCCCUCAGGUGGUCCCAGGGGCACCGUCUCUUUCAAUCCCAUCCUCAGGAGGCGCGUUCCAGAUUCUGACAUCUGGGUCUGGUGCAGGAUUAGGUGUUGCCCAGGGGCCAAUACGUCUUAGCCCAAUAGGUCCUCCUCAGAGUGUCCCUACUGCUUCCAUCCCUGGUGUUCAGCUGCUGAAUUCAGGCGUUAUCCAACUGCCUUCAGCUUCUCCAGGCAAUCUCCUAUUAGCAGGUGGAUUAGGAGGCAGCCCCAUUCUAAGUCUUCAGAAUGGUAAACUCAUCCUUACUAUCCCAACUGGAAUCCAGUUCACUACCAUGCCUGUCAAGUCCGUCCCAGAAAACAUAGUUUCAAGCGCCAUUGAUCUAACCUCUAACGUACACCCACUUGAAAAUCUACCAGUGCCUUCAUUCACUGCUCAAACUUCAAAUUCACUACAGUCAUCUCCUUUGGGAUUUAUUGGUUCCUCUACACUCUAUUGCAGCCCUGAGCCAGGGACCAUUGCCAACCCCACCCCAGGAGCUUCUCCUAACACUCCAGACUCCUCUAGCACUCCCACCCCUACAGGCAUCCUACAAUCCCACCAGACCCUCAGCCCUGAUAGUAUGCUCCCCCUCAGUCCAAUCUGUAGUGGUGUGGCAACUGGCACUCACCUCUCACAGCCAGUCUGGAGCCCGGUGCCUCUGUCCUCCUCUGCUGGCCUGACAUUAUUUGACAUGCGUGGGAAAGGGGAUAUAUCGGAAGACCCCGCUUUGUUAGUCCUACCGGGUGGAGAGUCUCUCCUGUUGGGCACUCCUCCUCCGGGCGAGGAUGUGGAAAGACAUUCUCAACUGGAUGAUGUAGAGGACAUGGAUGGGGACUCAAAAAUUCUGACACAACUCCAGUCUGUCCCUGUGGAUGAUGAGUUGGGUUUGUAAUUACCUGUCGUGUUGACAGCCUGCCAGUUGAACAGUGUUAAAUCCACGCCUUCAAGAGUUGCAAUCAGCUAUGAAGAGAAAUGGGAUAAGAUUGAUAACCUCAAAGGUUCGUGAAUUUCUCUACUUAGCAUUGCAUAGGUUGAGGAUUAAACAGUGAAAGUAUUCAACCUGAUAACUAGGAUGUUGUUAAAUCCUCCUAGGCUUUGUUGAACAAAUAAUUGUCUGUCAUAUAUUUUGAAUUUGUUUGUGAAAACAGAAUUCAGCAAGGGCAUGCUAAUAUGGAGGUUUAAAUGGCACUGUUAUGAGUAGUCACAGAGGACAUGUAACCGAUGGUCACCUCUAGAAAGUGUUUCUAUGUUCAGUCUGAUUGUGAUAAACGCAGAGCUUGAGAAAUGUCAAAAAGGCCUAUAUGACUACCUGAUAAAAUGGUUCAAUCUGGGAGUGAAUUGGAUAUAAAACCUCAUCUUGUGUGCCUUACGUAUUUUGCAUAACUUCUCAAAUUUAUAUUUCUAUUGUUCAAAAAACAUGGAGCAGUACUUGUAUUAAAACAAUAAUAAGAAAGUGAUAUUUUAAUAGAGAUGCAUGCAUUCUUUGAUCACAGAACUGACUUCUUGGACAGAAAAAACAUAGGUGCAUUUUGGAUGAGAUGAAAAUGAAAAGCGAACCUACACCUCAUGUGACCGUGGCAACCGCAUUGAAUUUACUACAUCACUGCAUAAAACGGAGAUCUUUCAAAAAGUGUUCUGUCUUAGAAUAUCGAAUUGCUAAUAAGUGUUGAGAUGGUGGUGCGGACCGUUAAUGGAGAACCUUGAUAAAUUGGAAGCAAAUUAACAGCAUAUGAACAGUUUUUCAAUCAAAAAUCUCUGAUCUUCAAUCUGAUCUCUCUUAAGAAAUCAUUCAUAAAACUUAAAUACAUUCACAUAAAGCACUCUUACUUUUUGUCAUUUCAUAUGUACAUUUUUUUAGAGAGUAAAUUCUGAAUAAUGAUGAUGUGUAUGGCAUACUUUUUAUAUUGAUAUGAGAUGAGGUAUUGACAAGGCCAGGUGAUGUUGGUUUCCAUUAAAAAACCUCUGAGGUCUCCCAAGCAUUCCAGCUCAUUACUAUGAUGAUGUGGAUUUUGUUUAAAGGGAAUUGAAGUAAUGCUAUAAUAGUUUUCUAUGCAACAACGGAUCCACAUGAUAACUGAACUGAAGGUUAUAAAGCAUAACCCUUAGAUGUGUCUACUUUCUUGUUGAAAACACUUCUUACACUACAAUCUCGCAUGUACAUAUACAGUGAAUCUUUUGUUCUUUGUGAUUUAUUUUAUAUUUUAAAUAAUUUUAUUUGUAGAAUUACAUAUAGCUAUGACUGUCAUUUGUCUUUUUCUUGUCUUGAUUCUAAUCCAGUGGAAUUCUACCAAUGUGAUUUACCACACAGACAAAAAAACAAA